GCGCGGCCCCGCCGCCAAGCAGUUGGUGCAGCGGCGGUUGGGCUGAGUGCGCUCACCCCACCCCUCCCCUCCUCUGGCCCGAGCCCCCACCCCGUCGGGCCCAGCCCCAACCCCAGCCCCAACAGGGCCGGUGUGCGGGCCCGUGCUGCCCCCUCAGUCGGAGACUCCCCGGGCGGCCCGCCCGUCACCAUGGAGCUGGAGGACGGUGUGGUGUACCAGGAGGAGCCCGGCGGCUCCGGGGCCGUGAUGUCGGAGCGGGUGUCUGGCCUGGCCGGAUCCAUCUACCGCGAGUUCGAACGACUGAUCGGGCGCUACGACGAGGAGGUGGUCAAGGAGCUGAUGCCACUGGUGGUGGCCGUGCUGGAGAACCUGGACUCGGUGUUCGCACAGGACCAGGAGCACCAGGUGGAGCUGGAGCUUCUGCGGGACGACAACGAGCAGCUCAUCACCCAGUACGAGCGGGAGAAGGCGCUGCGCAAGCACGCCGAGGAGAAAUUCAUUGAAUUUGAAGACUCUCAAGAACAGGAGAAAAAGGAUUUACAGACCCGAGUAGAAUCUUUAGAAUCUCAAACAAGACAACUUGAACUGAAAGCAAAAAACUAUGCUGACCAGAUUAGCAGACUUGAAGAAAGAGAAGCAGAACUGAAGAAAGAAUAUAAUGCAUUACAUCAAAGACACACUGAGAUGAUCCAUAAUUAUAUGGAACACUUAGAAAGGACAAAACUUCAUCAGCUCUCAGGGAGUGAUCAACUAGAGUCUGCCGCACAUAGUAGAAUUAGAAAAGAACGCCCCAUAUCACUAGGGCUUUUCCCGUUACCCGUUGGAGAUGGAUUGCUUACUCCUGACACAAAGAAGGGAGGAGAGACCCCUGGAUCAGAGCAAUGGAAGUUUCAGGAGUUAAGUCAACCACGGUCUCACACCAGCCUGAAGGAUGAACUUUCUGAUGUUAGCCAAGGAGGAUCUAAAGCCACCACCCCAGCAUCAACAGCCGCUUCAGAUGUGGCAGCGCUUCCUACUGAUACUCCCUUGAAGGAAGAUACUGAAGGAUUUGCGAAGGCUGCAGAUACACCGAAUACGUCAGAGAUAAGCAAGCACAUUGAAGUACAAGUAGCCCAGGAAACUAGAAGUGUAUCAACAGGCUCUGUGGAAAAUGAAGAGAAGUCAGAAGUUCAGGCGAUCAUUGAAUCCACUCCUGAGCUGGACAUGGACAAAGAUCUCAGUGGAUAUAAAGGCUCAAGCACUCCCACCAAAGGCAUAGAGAACAAAGCUUUUGAUCGCAACACAGAAUCUCUGUUUGAAGAACUGUCUUCAGCUGGCACGGGCCUAAUUGGAGAUGUGGAUGAAGGAGCAGACUUACUAGGCAUGGGUCGUGAAGUUGAGAAUCUUAUAUUAGAAAAUACACAACUGUUGGAAACCAAAAAUGCUUUGAAUGUAGUGAAGAAUGACUUGAUAGCAAAAGUGGAUGAACUGACCUGUGAGAAAGAUGUGCUGCAAGGGGAGCUGGAGGCUGUGAAGCAGGCCAAACUGAAGUUGGAGGAAAAGAACAGAGAGUUGGAGGAAGAGCUGAGGAAAGCUCGUGCAGAAGCUGAAGAUGCAAGGCAGAAAGCAAAAGAUGAUGAUGAUAGCGAUAUUCCCACGGCGCAGAGGAAGCGGUUUACUAGAGUAGAAAUGGCCCGAGUUCUAAUGGAGAGAAACCAGUAUAAAGAGAGACUGAUGGAGCUUCAGGAAGCUGUUCGAUGGACAGAGAUGAUUCGAGCAUCAAGAGAAAAUCCAGCCAUGCAGGAAAAAAAAAGGUCAAGCAUCUGGCAGUUUUUUAGCCGACUUUUCAGCUCUUCAAGUAACACUACUAAGAAACCUGAACCACCUGUUAAUCUAAAGUAUAAUGCACCCACCUCUCACGUUACUCCUUCUGUCAAGAAGAGAAGCAGCACCUUAUCUCAGCUGCCCGGGGAUAAGUCCAAAGCCUUCGACUUCCUUAGCGAAGAAACUGAAGCUAGUUUAGCGUCACGCAGAGAACAGAAGAGAGAACAGUACCGCCAGGUAAAGGCGCACGUUCAGAAGGAAGAUGGCAGAGUGCAGGCUUUUGGCUGGAGCCUGCCUCAGAAGUACAAACAGGUAACCAAUGGUCAAGGGGAAAAUAAAAUGAAAAAUUUACCUGUGCCUGUCUAUCUCAGACCGCUAGAUGAAAAAGAUACAUCAAUGAAGCUGUGGUGUGCUGUUGGAGUCAAUUUAUCUGGUGGAAAGACCAGAGAUGGCGGUUCUGUUGUGGGAGCAAGUGUGUUUUACAAGGAUGUUGCUGGUCUGGAUACAGAAGGCAGUAAACAGCGUAGUGCAUCUCAGAGUAGUUUGGACAAGCUGGACCAGGAGCUGAAGGAGCAGCAGAAAGAGUUAAAAAAUCAAGAAGAAUUAUCCAGUCUAGUCUGGAUUUGUACGAGCACUCACUCAGCUACAAAAGUUAUCAUCAUUGAUGCUGUCCAACCAGGCAACAUCCUGGACAGUUUCACUGUCUGCAACUCGCACGUUCUGUGUAUCGCAAGUGUACCAGGAGCUCGAGAAACAGACUACCCUGCGGGAGAAGAGCUUUCAGAACCUGGACGGGUAGACAAAGCAUCUCUCUGUGGAAGCGUGACAAGCGAUAGCUCCGCAGAGACAGACAGCCUGUUGGGAGGCAUCACAGUGGUUGGUUGUUCCACGGAAGGGGUGACAGCAGCUGCCACUUCCCCCAGUACCAACGGUGCUUCUCCAGUGACAGAAAAACCACCAGAAAAGGAAGUGGAAAGUAGUGAGAUCGAUGAAAAUGUUCCUACAGCAGAGGAAGCAACGGAAGCCACAGAAGGCAAUGCGGGGUCAGCGGAAGACAGCGCGGACACCUCCCAAGGCGGCGUGUACACGGAGCACGUCUUCACAGAUCCUUUGGGAGUUCAGCUCCCAGAAGACCUCUCACCCGUGUGUCAGUCGAGUAAUGACUCAGACAUGUAUAAAGACCAAAUAUCAGUAUUGCCGACUGAACAAGACCUGGUGAGAGAAGAAGCCCAGAAAAUGAGUAGCCUUUUACCCACUAUGUGGCUUGGGGCUCAGAAUGGCUGUUUGUACGUCCACUCAUCUGUGGCCCAGUGGAGGAAAUGUCUCCAUUCUAUUAAACUUAAAGAUUCGAUUCUCAGUAUUGUACACGUGAAAGGAAUUGUGUUAGUGGCCCUGGCUGAUGGCACCCUUGCGAUCUUUCACAGAGGAGUUGAUGGGCAGUGGGAUUUGUCAAACUAUCACCUGCUCGACCUUGGACGGCCUCACCACUCCAUUCGAUGCAUGACCGUGGUGCAUGACAAAGUCUGGUGUGGCUACCGGAACAAAAUCUAUGUGGUUCAGCCAAAGGCCAUGAAAAUAGAGAAAUCGUUUGAUGCACAUCCCAGGAAGGAGAGCCAGGUGCGGCAGCUCGCGUGGGUAGGUGACGGCGUGUGGGUCUCCAUCCGUCUGGACUCCACACUGCGUCUCUAUCAUGCACACACUUACCAACAUCUGCAGGAUGUGGACAUUGAGCCUUAUGUAAGCAAAAUGUUAGGUACUGGAAAACUGGGCUUCUCUUUUGUGAGGAUCACAGCUCUCAUGGUGUCUUGCAAUCGUUUGUGGGUGGGGACAGGAAAUGGUGUCAUUAUCUCCAUCCCACUAACAGAAACUGUAAUCCUCCACCAGGGACGUUUACUGGGGCUGAGGGCAAAUAAAACCUCAGGGGCACCGGGAAACCGUCCUGGAAGUGUGAUUCGGGUAUAUGGAGACGAAAACAGCGAUAAAGUGACUCCAGGGACAUUUAUACCCUAUUGUUCGAUGGCACAUGCACAGCUUUGCUUCCACGGGCAUCGGGAUGCUGUGAAAUUCUUUGUGGCGGUCCCGGGUCAAGUUGUCAGCCCGCAAAGUGGCCCUAGUGGCACAGAUCUGACAGGUGACAAAACAGGGCCAUCUGCACAGGAGCCUGGCAGCCAGACGCCCUUGAAGUCUAUGCUUGUCAUCAGUGGAGGAGAGGGCUACAUUGACUUCCGAAUGGGUGACGAAGGUGGAGAAUCAGAGCUUCUGGGAGAGGAUCUUCCGCUUGAACCUUCUGUUGCCAGAGCGGAAAGGAGUCACUUGAUAGUGUGGCAAGUGAUGUACGGCAGUGAGUGAGCCCGUGGACCCAGGUGGAGACGGAGGAGCCGUCUCUUCUGCAUGGUUUCUUUCCCUUGCCCUCUUCAUUUAAUGCUUUCUUCGUGAAACAAGUUUCACCACUUAACACGAGCAUUUUUUCCCUGUUAACUGUACAAAAAUCUGUCUUACUGUAACAAUACAAGAACUAGCUGUUUUACUGCACCAGUGUUAUUGGCCACUUCAGUGUAUUAUGAACAAAUCAAAGAAUGUUUACUGUCUGCAAACUGGUGACUUACAGAAAGCAAUCCAGAUGUGGCUUACUCAGCCACAGCUGAUAUCACUCACUUCAUCUGAUGGGGUCACUUUUUAGCUGUCACUAAUAAUGGAAUUAAUGGGAAUACUUGGUAAAUGAAACUGUACCACUUAGUACAAUAGUCAAGUUCCCCCCAGUGUAUUAUAAAAUUGACACAAACUAACAUUGGGUGGAUUGUCGGGAUCUAGCUAAGUGUCCCAAGAGGGCUAAACGCUAACUGUAAAUUGCUUUAACUUUCACUUUCAAACCUGACAAAUCUUGUUUAUAUGGUAUAUAAAAACUUCGUUUUCAUCAGAUUUGGGGGGUUUUAUAUUAAAGAAAUGAAGACUACACUAUUUAAAUAAAUGUUUCCUAUUUCUGACUUAAUAGAGCUCUAAAGUUUAUGAGGCCUGCUUCUCCAAAUAUUCUGAUUUUUUUUUUGAGACUAGUUAGUUUCACUCAUUUUCAUACCAGUGUGUCCGAAAGGUUUAUACUUACAAGGUUUAGAAAGUAGGCAUUAGCAGCGGGAGGAUUUUUAAAAAGGAAAUUGUGUUUUGGGUUUGUUGUACCGCAGAUGGUGGUGGUUGGAUGAGUUUUUUCACGUAAAAAAUCUACCUGUUUCCUGAUUGUUCUUGGACUGCAGUUCCCAGUUCACAAGAACAAAGCUGUAGUGGUGAUGGAAUGCGGCCAGGGACGUAAACGUGGGGUUUGAGUAGAGACGGUGUUUUCUCUGGUUCUGUGUAAAACUGCAGGACAGCUGGCACUGGAUUUUGCAUGUAAAAGACCUGUUUGAGCUUUUAUGCCCUUGCAAGAUUAAAAGGCCAUCUAUGAAGGGCAAGAUGACAGAGCCAAGACACCACGGGGUGUGAGUCACCCCGGCGUCCCUUCCCUCUCGGUGCCCACUCAGAGCCGGAGCCUGAGUCUGACGCUUUUUCCUGUGAUAGGGUUUUAAGAAACCAUUAUGCUGCCGUUUUUCCCUCUCACACUUCUUGAAAAUGUGUGAGUUACCAUGUUUUUUUCAUUACUUUAAGCAAAGCUAAAUAUAAAUUUAAGUGCUAUUUAAAAAAUGUAAACCUAUUGGGUAAGACCCCGCAUCAGAAGGACUAUUUCAAAGAAAAGAAAGCAGGCCCAGGUCUCAGUGGUCGAGGCGUCCGCAGUACCCGGACUCUUUCCUGAGCUGUCGUGUGAAGAUGUUUGCAGGAGUGCACCAGUGUCUUUUAAACAUAUACACGAUUCUGCUAGAUUAUAAAACACAUGAGGUUUAAUGAGCCAGAGGCGGCGUUUGGAUCCUCUGGGCACGUGUGUCUGCAAGCACGUCCCGUGCGCAGUGAAACUGCCGCCGGUUCGCGGGCUGCGUGGUGAAGCAGCGUCGAAGGGGUGAUUUUUUUGCUUGAGCUGCGUACUUUUCUUCAGGGCACCAACACUUAGGCCGCUUUUCCAUCACGCUUAGGCUACGUUUGUAUUUCAGCUUCAGUCUGUUAUUUCGGCAGUACCUUUAAAAACCCACAUCCUUAAGCAUGUUUGAGGAAUGUUGUGGAAAUUGAUGAAGAAGAGAGCGAAGUGUCGGGAACGUGGACCCCAGAGCCACACCCCACUCGCUGUUGAGUCUUUUACAGUUUGUACGACUGAAUGUAAGUUAGGAAAUCAGGAUUUAAAGAUGAGAAAUGCAAACAAACGUGUUACAAUGAUUGUAAUUGUUCUUUUAAAUUAGUGGCUUCAGUGUAAGGAAUAUGAGUGUGUAGGUAUUUUAUCUAUAAAACUGUCAGAUUUUCUGGCCCUGUUAAUUCACUCCAGGGACCAGAGAGAGGACAAAUCACCUGUACGGUGUGUUUUAAGGGCUUGUCCUCAUGUUUGUAAUUUCAGUUAAAUAUUUUCUAUGGAUUGCUUUAUUUCCCCCUUUUCCCCAAUAAUAGGUUUAUAUUCUUGUAAUGUUCCCUUUGUUCAAGGUGGCAACCUGUGGAUUAAAAUGCCAAAAUGUAAGCGCCUUGCAGGCAGAACAGUGGUUGUGUGAGCCGCCUGGAGCUUGCACAUCAAGGGCAGAAAAGAAAGAAGCCGUACCUAUGGAAGAAACAAGGGCUGCCCGAGUUUUCUCCUUUAGUUACGCGUGGGCUCCGUGUGAGGCUGGGCCGCGGGAAUGCCCACCACGGUCGACCCUCACCAGACGGCAGCUCAUGCACGGUGGCCGGCAGGUUAAGUGCAAGUCAAACUGCCUGUGAGGCAAACGGAGAAUAUUCUCUAGAAACCCCGUUUUGAGUGUUUUUCUGUAAUUCUUGUGGAUCUAAAUUUUUUAAUAGGAAUUAAUACCUUAAUAGCUGCAGCUUGUUGAGAGUGUAAAAGGUUUUGAGCACAAAAUAUACAGCACAUGACUUUUCCAAACUGUGCGUCUGCGUAGAAAAGGUUAAAAUACAUUCGGUUGCUGUAGUGUUCAUUUCUUGUAAAGAUCUUCCUAUAUUAGAGAAUAGACCCUUUAACGAUGGCUGCCUUAGAAACAAAACAAAGCAAAACAAUUGUCUUAUGAUAUUAACUGUCCUAAAGAACGUGUGUCUUGCAAAUGCUGUGGAACUGAAUAUUUAUUUCCUGUGAGUAUUAUGACCGUUACCAAAGGACUCAGCCAGGCACUAGGGCUCCUCUGAGUCGAUCAUGUUGAGAGAGGGACUCACUGGUCCCAGUUUGUAACAUGGGAAGAGUAGAGAGAAUUAAAGGUGGAAAUCAUAAAUGCUUUUCUAACAGGGUUAUGCUAUUUUUUUAAAAUCCUCUCGCCCAAGAACAUUUUUUCAUUGUGUUUAGAGAGAGGAAUGGAGAGAGAGAAGCAUCGAUUGGUUGCCUCCCGUAUCCUCCCGGACCAGGGGUCGAACCCAAAACCUUUCGGUUACGGGACGAUGCUCAAACCAGCUGAGCCACACCGGCCAGGGCCAGGGUUAUGCUGUUCUAGAACAGAAGACAUAUUUUUAUUUCUUUCUCUUUAAAAAAAUUAAGUUUUUAUUAUUAAUGUCAUACAUUUCUCAAUAUUUGACUAUAUUUUAACCAUUUUAUGUUCUGAAUUUGUUUAUUUGUCAUAGAUAUUUUAUCCAUAAUUUUACUUGCCUCUAUAACCUGAAAAAGGGGUUCGAGUGUCCUACUUGCUGUCUUUUAGAGGCUGAGGCUUCAUUUCUAUGAGCAAAAGGCUCAUUUAGCAAUGUAGUUAUUUCAGUAUUUAUUUCUAUUAUGGAAUCCCUGGGGUUCGGAAUGUAACUUUGUACAUGAAAUAUAUAUAAAUAUGUAUAUGAAACACGUA